AUGGAUACUUUGAAAGAUGUUCCAGAGUUUUUCGAAACACAACUUGAUGAGUCUUUAAAUGCCAGAACGGAAAGUCUAGCUUCUUUUAGAGAGCUUGGUCCUGCCGAUCUCUGUCAUAUAACUAAAGCUAAUGCUAAACCUGGUGUGAAAGAGGUUGGAUCUUACCAUUAUGUUUCCGGUGUUGAUGCAUCAUCUUCCGCUACUUUAGCAGCAUACUUAAAUUCAUUGACUUAUGCUUUGGAAGAAACCCAUGCUUGGUUUUCUAAAUCAUCAGCUUGGAGAAUUCGUUCGGGAGUUUAUUGUUGCUUCAAUGCGUUUUCACGUGUGGAUGUGCGUGUUGAAGUAAAAAUUCCUGGUGGUGUUGAAAGUUAUGUGGUAGAUUUGCGAGGUGAAAGACAUGAAGCGACACCUGAAAUUUGGCAAGAAACUUAUAUUUCAGCACUUCUGCGUUCCAUACUUUAUUCAGAUGAUGCGAACUAUAGAUUGGCUGGUUUCCGUAAAUUAGAUCCUAUCCCUAAUAUAGAAGCUGAAGCUCAUUUUUUAGAGGCUACAGAAAAUAUCUUUUUUAAAGGGUGGCAGCUGGGUUCUGAACCAGAAAUUCAAGUCGCAACUGUUGUUAGUAAUCACUUAACUACAGGCAUCAUGAAAUAUUUUAGCGAAAAUUUUCGAUAUGAACAUGAAGAAAUAAAAGCGGUUAAUAUUUUGUAUGAAGCAUUAAAACAAAAUCAAAUGAGCUAUGCUUUGUUACAUGUACAAACUGAUUUCUUAUUAUCAAAGGGUAAAACCGAUUAUACUCUUAAACUCGCUAAACAAGCGGUAAAUUGUGCACCAUCUGAAUUUGUCACUUGGGCUAAAUUGACCGAAGUAUAUACUGAGAUUGGUGACUAUGAAUCUGCCGAUGUCGCUCUCUUGCGAUUACCUGCGCCAUCUCUUCGUGGUACAUUUGCCAAAGCCUAUUCAUUAUUAACACGUUUGGUUGCCAAGAUUGGCUGGGAUGAAUUAUUAAAGUGUCGGUCAUCUGUCUUCGUAAUGGAAGAGGAAUAUCGGAUGCAGAAAGCUGCUGAAGAAGAGAGAAAAAGCCAAAAAACAGCUGCUACUAUUACUACCACUCAAUCUCAAUCAAAAGAAAGUGAAAAGGAUCAAACUCAACCAAAAGAAAGUAAAAAGGAACCUCAACCAAGAGAAAGUAAAAAGGAUGCAGAGAUUGAAAAUUCUAAGACAAAUGGUGUUAACGAUUCAUCACAGUCCAUACCUACGAUUACUGUUUCUGAUGAUGAUCAAAAUAAAAUGGGGAAUGAAAAUUCUUCAGAAACGCAACAACAUUCGACUUUUUUAGAAACAAUUAAUGAAGUUCAUGAGGAAGCUAAUGGACGUCAAGAAGAGAAAACUGAUGGUGGCCAAGAAGAAAAUGAAAUUUAUCAUGCAGCACCUGUUGAUGAACAAUCUCUUGAUUCUUAUACAUUGGAAGAGGUUAAUCUUGAUGAUGAUAAAUCUGUGAUAGAAUUCAAAGGUCCUGAAUUAGAGAAACCUUCACAAGCUGCUAAUGAUGAAAAGAAUGAUAAUCAAAGUAUACAGAAUGAUGAUCAAAACAAGGAUGCAAAGAAAGAUUACUCAUUCUCAUUUAACAACAAGCGUCUCUGUGAGAGAUGGCUUGACAAUCUUUUCAUGGUUUUAUAUGAGGACUUGAGGGUUUAUACAGUUUGGAGAUCUGAGGUUUCCCAUUAUAAGGCUCAUCACAUGUCUUAUCGAAAAACGGGUACAGAAUGGGAAAUUUUAGGUGAUUUGGCGGCAAGGUUGCAUCAUAAGGAAGAUGCCAAAGAAGCUUAUCAACGUUGCCUUGACCAUAAAUUUUCAGCAAAAGCAUGGUUAAAAUUAUUAGAAUACCAUGCAGAGGAAAGAGAUGUUCACAAUACUUUAACAGCCGUUGUAAAAUUGGCAGUUUAUCAGGAAAGAUGGUAUCACGAAAUAGUUUAUCCAACAGCCAUUUCAUAUAAUCUUAACAAAUUAAUUCGAUCUGAAGGGAUUUCUAAGAUACAUUACAAUCUUAUUUCUAUGAAUUUGUCGCCUCCCGUAGCAAAAUUGGUUGAGAGUCAAUUAAAGUUAAUGAGUAAACCUUAUAUUAAUACGUCACGCGAAACUAAUAUGAUGGAAAGUAAUAAAGACGAAGCGAACAGGUGUUUCGAAAUCGCACGAGAACACUUUUCCGAGGGCAACUUUAUUGAAGCCAUUAAGUUUGCGAAAAAGUCAAUAAAACUGUUUCCGACAAAAGAAGCGGAAGUACUUUUGAAACGGUCUGAAUCGACAAAGCAAACAAAUAAUCGAGAAAGUAGUCGUCAAUCAGCUUCCCUGUCGUCUAGUUCUUCCAGAGAACAUAAACAAGGCAGACAAACUAGAGAAUACACUCCUGAACAAGCUGAAGCAGUCAAACGAAUAAGAUCUUGUAAUGUAAAUGACUAUUAUGCCAUACUAGGAAUAAAAAAGGAUGGUACCGAUUUAGAAGUUAAAAAGGCAUAUCGAAAGAUGCAUCCCGACAAAAAUGGUGCACCAGGGGCUGACGAAGCUUUUAAAAUGGUUGGUAAAGCGUUUCAAAUACUUAGCGAUCCACAGAAACGAGCAGUAUUUGAUGAACAUGGCGCAGACCCAGAUUCACGUAGUCCCGGGAUGUCAACUGGUUUCAGAAGUGCACCUUUUAAUGGUUUCGCAAACGGAGCCAUGUUUACUGAAGAAAUUUCCCCAGAAGAAAUAUUCAAUAUGUUCUUUGGAGAUGGUUUUCAUUCAGCAACAUUUAUUGGACCAGGAUUCCGUGCACGACGGUAUCAGCCACGUCGUGCUUCACCUAAUGGAGAAGGUGUUCGAGAACAACGUCCAUCUCCAUUCCUUACAUUUUUCCAACUUUUACCUCUUAUUCUUCUUUUUAUAUUCUCCUUUUCGUCUAAUUGGCUCACUUCAACACCAGAUUCUAUGCCCGAUUACUCUCUUGAACGAACAGAACUUUUUUCACAACUACGACUUACAGAAUCAUUUCGGAUUCCUUAUUAUAUUGCACCAAAUCAGUUUACUAUUUUUGAACAAGAUCCACAAAAGUUACAACAAUUUGAAUAUGGAAUUGAAUUAAGACAUGUAAAAAGAUUAUCAAAUGAGUGUAAUAACGAAGUAGUGACAAAACAACGUAUGAUAAGAGAAGCACAAGGAAUGAACAUAUUUCCGGACAGAGAAAAGUUAAAAAAGAUUCAAGAUACCAAUCUACCAAGUUGCGAGAAACUCAGAGAACUUAGUAAAUCGCCAAGAUACAAAAAUCUUGUUGCUAGACAAUGA